UGUCAUGAAAUACUUGUUCAAGUAUGGCUGUUCUUGUUUGUUGUAUCAAUUUGUAUGUCAAUUAUUAAUUAACCCUUGUUAAUAAUGCUCUGUUGAUUAUUAAAAAGCUGAGCUUAGUAAGACUACUAUCGAUGUGCAGUACAGUGUAAGCGUGAAUCAUGGCGGCCGGUGGAGAGGAUCUUUGGCGCGAGUGCGCAACUUGGCUCACUCGAUGUGGCUUGUUACGGCCUGAUCAUAAAGCAAAUUGGGAGACGAGUACUAUCCAUGAUCUUGCUUAUACUUUACGAGAUGGUGUGCUGCUUUGUAAUUUGUUAAACACGCUGUACCCGGGAUGUAUCGACAUGAAAGAUGUUAAUCAACGACCCCAGAUGGCACAGUUCCUAUGUAUGAGAAACAUUAAAGUCUUCCUGAGGACAUGCCACGAAGUGUUUGAGCUUCGGGAGACGGAUCUCUUUGAUCCUUCGAUGUUAUUCGACCUCUCUGACUUUCACAGGGUGUUAUGUACCUUGGCCAAGCUCAGUCAAUGUCCUAAAGCCUUGGCUAGAAAUGUUCAGCCGUUCUCAGCGAGACGGACUCAGUCGGAGGAGGACAUCUACAAGGACCUUCAGUCGGUCGCGAACAUGCCGUGCGAGUCGCCCUCGUACGAGGUGGUGGAGGAGGUGGAGACGAGGGAGGUACCGUGGAUACAGUUCACUAUACCGAGCGUGGCCUGCGAGGAUCGCGUCGAGGAGAUAUACGAAGACCUCUGCUAUGUCAAGUUCGCCUCGGACACGCCAGAGCUAGCGACGUCGUCGCACAGCUUAGAGAAGAGAGAUUACGUUAUACGGGAACUGGUCGACACUGAGUGUAACUAUGUGGAUGUGCUCAGUAAGAUUAUCAAAUACUUCUUGAGGCCGCUGACGCCGUAUCUGAAGCCCCAGGAUAUGCAAGUCAUAUUUUUCGGUGUCAAGGAGUUGCACGAUAUACACAACGGUCUACUCCGCCAGCUAAGGCUCGCGACCGACAAUUGUGUACCUGGCAGCGGAGCGCCGCGACUAGCGGACGUGUUCCUGGCGUGGCGGGAGCGACUCCUGCUGUAUGGAGACUAUUGCUCAAAUCUCACAAACGCCCAGGACACGUUGAAAGCGCUCGAUGCAAGGGAUUCCACAUUCAGUAAGCAGCUACUGAAAUGUCAAAAGGAGCACAGUGACGGUCGUAUCCAGCUGCGCGACAUCCUGUCGGUUCCCAUGCAGCGUGUGCUCAAGUAUCAUCUGCUGCUAGACAAGCUGGUGCACGAGACCCAGCCGAACCACGAGGAGUUCCGCGGCUUGGAGCGCGCCAAGGAAGCCAUGGUGGACGUGGCUCAGUAUAUCAACGAGGUGAAGAGGGACAGCGAGGUGCUCGUGUUGCUGGCUAAGCUGCAGGAGAGUAUAGUGGACUGGGACCGGUCGGGCGCGGAGGGCGGGUCGCUGGCAGCUUACGGCCGCCUGCUGCUGGACGGAGAGCUGAAGGUGAAGGCUCACGAGGACCAGAAGAUGAGGAUGAGAUACGUGUUCGUGUUCGACAAGUACAUGCUGCUGUGCAAGCCCGUCAAGGAGAACCAGUACUCGUACCGGAAGGGCAUCAAGCUGGCCGAGUACCGUGUGGAGGAGGGCGGGCCGCGGCGCUCGCUGAGGGCGGACGCUCGCUGGACCGCGCACUUCUUCCUCGUCAGGCGGACCAAGGACGCCACCUACACGCUGUACGCCAAGACGGAGGACUGUCGCCGGAAAUGGCUGAAGGCCAUCAACGACGCCAUAGAGAAUCUGGAGCCGCCCGGCUGUCGGCGGACCAACCACAAGUUCGUUCUUCACACCUUCGAGAAGCCGGCCACGUGUCAUCACUGCUCCAAGUUCCUCAAGGGCAGGAUAUUUCAGGGCUACCUGUGUUCCGUGUGUGGAGCAUGCGCCCACAAGGAGUGUAUCGCUCUGUCGGGCCGCUGCGGGGGAGGGAGCGCCCCCGCGCCGCCUCUGCCACCACACGCACUACAACCGGACACCGCGCUGCACUACUACAUGUGGUACGUGGGCGAGAUGAGCCGGGAGACGGCCACGUCCCGCCUGGAGCGCCGUGUGGACGGCACCUUCCUGCUGCGGGUGAGGCCGCGCGCCGCGCUCCACGACACUCAGUACGCGCUCUCACUCAAAACCGACAACACGGUGAAACACAUGCGAGUGUGUCUGAAGCCCAUCGACUCGGUGCCUCACUACUACCUGUCCGAGUCCAGGUUCUUCAGGAGCGUGGUCGAGCUGAUAUCCUACUACGAGAAGACGAGCUUGUCGGAGAACUUUGUCGGAUUAAACUCGAACUUGCGAUGGCCCUUCCGCCGCGUGGUGGCGACUGUCAUCCACGACUUCCGACCGCUAGAGGCGUCCCAGUUGGCGCUCCGCCCCGGCGCGAAGGUAUUAGUGCUCAGCAAGGAAGGCGACGGCCGGGGCUGGUGGAAAGGCCGCACGCUGGAUAAGGGUGACCACCGCUCGGGCUACUUCCCCAAAGAGUGCGUCCGCGAGGAGCCCGAGUGUAUCGGAGCGUUAGACUGAUGUCAGCUGUGCCUCGCCGAGCGCGAGCUUCACUACCUGUCACACGACACACGCGGAGCCCGAGCGACCCGAGCGCUCGCCCUCGGGCCGCCGGAGGAGCCCCUCUCGCCGGACUCCAUGGAAGACCUCGUCUGAAUCACAAUACACAUACAUACAGAGAAAAACCUAAACACCAUCACACUGGGGAUGGAGAACCAGAUGAUUAUAUUUUACUGGUUAAAAUUCCUGAAUUGAUUACACAUCAGCAGAGGUCUCGUCUGUCCGAACCCAUGGCACCAGUCGACACUGUGAACGAAUACUCACUAAGGUAUGAAGGUUAGCAAUAUAUUGGUGUCGCUGGAACAUUGGGCUGCACAGGAAGCUGCUUGGGAAUCUCACUGGUGUGGCGCGAUAAGGCUCAAGAUUGUGCGACUGUGAUCCGACGCGAUAUAUAGAGACGGUAUGGGGACGCGCGGACAAGUGUAUUUGUCUACUGAUAUUAUAUUCACAUAUAUAUAUAAUAUAAAACGUUAAUUGUUGUGCUGAUAACUGCUUUAAAGAGGUCUCCGUGCUUUACUAUUUGACGUUGUGUCCAAACCUCCUGUGACCCUCGUGUAGACUAUAUCGAAUAUUAUGUAGUAAAUGUAAAAAUAAAAAUAUUAUAUUGUUAAUGUUCAAGAAUUGUAUAUUUAUUUUUGUGGAGUAGGUUAGUGUUAGGAGUCUUAGAUAGGGUGUAGGUAGGUACCUUCUGAUGUACGGUGACAUGAACGGUAUCUCUUCCUCGCACGCUUUCCAGAUUUGAAACAAAGUGAAAAUGUUCGUGGCUACUGAAUCUUUAUCAAAAAUAUUUAGAUCUCCGUGUAAGGUGAACCAUAUCUAAUGACACGUGACUUAAAAAAAUAUUUUAAUAUAAUCUGUACCUGCACUCCGGGUCCCUGCUGACACGAUGCGGCGCAAGAAGGAUUUAUUGUAAUAAAUGAUUCUGUGUUAACAUUCACGGUCAGUGUAAUGUGCUCGAUGAUAUUCAGAUUUCAUGACAUUUAUUUAUGUAUAAAAAAAUAUUAUUGUCUCCAUUGGAACGAGAUAUUUACAUGACUAGAGAUAAGUGUUGUGACGUGUAAUAUUAUUUAUGUGACGUGGCAAAUUUGACAAAUUAUUAACAUAAUAUAUGCUCAAAUGUUAAUUAAAAAAUGUUAUAAAAAAAAAUUAUGUCUCACAGAAUCCUGUAUGAAUUGUGUUCUAUAUUUUUAGCUCUGUUCCCGUUUGGAUAUUUUGACCUAAACAUAUACAUAUUUUUAUAUUUAACUAACCUUAGUGAGAUCGUGUGCCAAAUUGAUUUCUUCUGCUUUGUCUGUAAUUUAUUUAUUUAUUGGUAUCUCUGAACGUAUUCAACGUCCUGCCAUCCGCGAUGUAACGGCCAUUUUGUUUUUCUUGAGUAUACUACCACCGGUGUCGUUGUACAGCAUGUUCUUUCACAUUCCAAACACUUGUUAGCUUUUAAUUUGACUACAUCACAUUCAGCGUUGUGUAAGUUCCCUCCCACGGUCGUGGUUGUGGCGGGCUCAUCUCCUCAUCAGCUUCAUGGACUGAUAAUAAAUGUUCAUAGUUUUGUGACGUUUUAUAACAUUAAUGUAUUCUAGACACAUCAUUCUCUUUACGUUGGGUUCAAAUACAAGUUUGAUAUAUUUUUCUUAUUAGCUCCCUGCGUCUGUGCGGGUGUUAUUGUUCAUGUGGAGGUGUUCACCACGCCAUCAGAUCACUCAAUGUUUAUCAUUUCACUUGUAAGACACAUAUGGAAACUUUUUUUACUUAUUUUUUUUUUUUUGUAAAUAACUUGCUCAAACUUGACAAUUGACAGUACUUGAGUAAUAUCCAUCGAGCAGAUUUUGUGUUAUCUCACCCACCUAUUAUUUUAUCACUAAUAGUGAAUAAGAUUAGUUAGACUAUUUAAACGAUGUCUCAAAUAUGUUUCAUAUUUAAAAGUUUUAUAAAGAGUUAUAAGAGCCAUAUUUAUUGCAGAUAUACAUACUUAUAAAGUAGCAAGGAAAAUAAGGAAUAAAUAGCGAGUUAUUCUCUGUCAUGCUGAACUGAUUAAAGAGCAGGUCCACGUUUCUGAUAAAUAACAUUGAAUACUGUUUAGAAAAGAAUAAUAGGUCAUAUAAAAUAUUAGCCAAUAAGGUAUUAGGGUGUUACGAUGACUUGUGGAAUAGUCCAAAAACUUCUAUACAAAGCAAGGUAUUUAUCGUGUUUUCCAUCAUGGAUGGGAAAUAGUGUUGGGAUUUCAUUGUUAUAAUACAUGCUUGGAAGGGUUGUUGAAACUGUGGCAAUAAUAAUAAGGUGAAUGAAAAAAAAGUUAUAUUUACAACCGCAACAGUUGAAAGCAACAAAACAAUGGUUGUUUCCUUCCAUUUUAAAUAAUAUCUUUAAUGUAUGGGAAUGUUAGAGAUAGGCGUUUUAUUCACUGUAGCGAAACUUUGUGAAUUACUGAACUAGCUCACGACUCCGAUCAAUGUAACGUGUUACAGAAUAAAGAUGUCGCAGAACGCUGUUGUAUUAUAAUGUUUUUUCUCUGAUGUUCGAGAAACAAUAAAUAAAAAUAUAUGUUAAUAUAUGGAGAUAUAUUGUAGUCUUGUCUAUUUUAAUAUUCAUAGAUUUGAAAUUUAACCGAUAUGUGUACUGUAUUAUUUGCAAUUUAAAAAAAUAUAUAAUUGUAUAGCUUAACGAAACGAGCACAAUGAUGGGGAAUUAAUUUAUAAUUGUAUACCGUUGUUGUUAUUGUGAAUUCAUUAAAUACGAUAUCUCCGCAGACACGAGCCCUAACGAGCUGUAUGUUUUAACAUUAUUUUUAUUCGCACUAGUUGUGGAUGUCGUUGAAAUCGUUACCGUAAUACAACGCAGUGUCCGUUUGUUUGUAAAUCUUAAUAUUAAUGUAUUAUAUUAAAGCGAGUUUCAUGAUUCAGUUGGGAUGUGUGGAGUCGGACAUAAUUGUUGGUGCUAAUGUUGUUUUGUGUUCUCUGCGCUUCUUACGUGGCGGGAACGCACCUCGUUUUAGGUGAAACUAUUUUGAUAUUAAUUUAUGUUCACGUUUGUAAAUAUACUAUACAGAAAUGGCAUAUCUCAUUGUUCUGUAGUUGGGUAAGUCUCCAGAAUAAAUACACAAUCGGAGAA